UCAGCCGGCAAGCCAGCCAGCCAGAGAGGGACAGUGUGUGAGUGUGAGGGUGUGAGGCGCAGAGUCUGUGCUUGUGUUUGUGUGUGUGAGUGUGUGACAGAGAGGGAGACAGAGGCAGUGUGGGGAAAGCCAAGCAGCCGGUGCAGUCUUUUAAAGUGAACGAUACGCUCCUCUGCCUCUCUUUGGACUAUACCACUAACAGGGACUCACCCUUUGGACUAUCCCGACGCUUCCUCCUCCUCUUGCCUUUGAAGGGAACACCUGUGUGUGUGUGUUGGUGUGUGUGUGAGUGUGUAUGUGUGUGUGUGUGUGUGAAUUGAGACAACAGACUUAGCCCUGGUGAACAGGGCAAUUGGAUGACUUCGGUGGAUGAGGGUUUGGCUGGUGGAAAGAGGGGGAUUGCUGACCAUGGACUCCCCACACUAGUAAACGGGGGUGGUGAGGAGGAGCGGGUUUGUCCGGUCAUCAUGUGCACGAGGGCCUGUCCUGACCCCGUCCCUGAGUGCCAGCUGUUCCCGGGAGAGGUGGAGGAGCCUGAGGAGGAGGUGGCAGACGAGGGCAGGGAGAGGGAAUCAGACAGAGACAGUGCCGUGGAAAGCACCCAAGGGUCAGACACCUCUGACGGGCUGAUCAGACCCGGAGACAAGGAAGACGCACUGGGGGAUCUCUUUUUCUCUGGGGAGAAGUCUGGUCAGACUAGCAUCUCAGUGACCUCUGACCUAUCGACACGUUCCUCAGCUUCUCUGAACGAGGAGCAGUUUGAGGACUACGGGGAGGGGGAGGAGCCAGACUACACUCAGCCAGACGACGAGACUCGCACUAACGGAUACUCUGACCUUGGCUCAUCUGUUCCCUCCAGUGCAGGCCAGACUCCUCGAAAGGUGCGUCAACAUUACACUGGUGAACUGAUGGAUGUAUACUGCUCACAGUGCAGCAAAAAGGUCAACCUACUAAAUGACCUGGAGGCUCGCCUCAAAAACCUCAAGGCUAACAGCCCCAACAGGAAAAUCUCCAGCACUGCUUUCGGAAGGCAGCUGCUCCACAACAGCAACUUGAGCAGCAGUAAUGGCAGUACAGAGGACCUUUUCCGAGACAGCAUUGACUCCUGUGACAUCGACAUCAAUGAUAAGGUGAGUUCUCUGGAGAAGAAGGUGGCAGAACUGGAGAGCGAGAUUCUGAUGAACGGUGAUCUCAAAUCCAGACUGAAGCAGGAGAACACACAACUAGUGCACAGGGUUCAUGAGCUGGAGGAGCAGCUGAAAGACCAGGAGACACGAGCAGAACAAAGUCUGCAGGAGGGGCUAAGACGACAUCGUGAGGCCUACAGCAAGAUGGAGAGAGACAAGAACACACAGACGGAGCUGCUUAACAACCGAGUUAAGCAGCUGGAGGACGAGAACAGUGAGAUGGCUCUUAACUUGUGCCGGCUCAAGUCACAGACGGAGAAACUGGACGAGGAGAAGCAAAGGAUGACAGACAAGUUGGAGGACACCAGUCUGCGCUUGAAGGAUGAGAUGGACCUCUACAGAAAAAUGAUGGACAAACUGAAGCAGAAUAGACUCCAGUUCCAGAAAGAGAAGGAAGCCAUGCAGGAGCUGAUAGAGGACCUGCGUCGAGAGCUGGAGCAUUUGCAGCUGUUCAAACUGGAAUCAGAAAGGCCUGGCCGCAGCCGCACCUCCUCCUCUAGCCUGUCGGACUUCAACAGCAGGACCAGGGAGGUGGAGCUAGAACAUGAGGUCAAGAGGCUCAAGCAGGAGAACCAGAAGCUGAGGGAGCAGAAUGAUGAGCUGAACGGCCAGAUCCUCAGCCUCAGUCUAUAUGAAGCUAAGAACCUGUUUGCCACACAGACCAAGGCCCAGUCUCUUGCUGCAGAAAUAGAUAAUGCCUCCAGAGACCAGUUGAUGGAAGCCCUGAAGGAGCAAGAGGAAAUCAACUUACGUCUGCGACAGUACAUGGACAAAAUCAUCCUGUCCAUCCUGGACCACAACCCCUCCAUCCUGGAGAUAAAAAACUAGCAGUGACUCAACUGGAAUGAGAAUCGUUCUCGAGCUCGGGGGAAUUGAGGAUCAUUCCAGUUGUCUGAUCAGAACCUGCAACCCGGGUCGGGAGUUUGUACAGGAAAAGAAGAGAGAGAAGGCAGAGCCAGUCUCAGAAACUGGGACAUAUAAAUAGUCAUGCAUCGCCCCCUGCUGUUUGUGGCAGGAAAAUGAACUUCUUUUGCAGCAACGGUUGAGCGAGAUUUUACACAGACCUAAAGAGCCAGUGAUUGCUCACUGACUCUAGGUCAUGCUACUGUGACUCUUUAACUCGACCUCUACUGUUUUGUUUUUAUUCUCUGUCUAUGCUGUGAACUGUAGUUACUGUCACAAGACACAACUGGUGAUUUCUUCCCAGGAAUAUCCUGCGCUCAACGUGCUUUGAGGAUCGACAAAGUCGCUCGAUAUAGUGCACUGGACAUAAUGUACUUGGGCAAAAAAAAAAAACUGGAACAAUGUAACAAACCUGACA